CUCAAGCUGGUGACGUCUUGCGCAUGCGCUUUAAGUGGUGAAUGCGAGGUGGGAAAAUUCAUUCUUUCGUGUCUCUUUAUAUCCGUAAUAGAGACAUGAAUUCCAGAAAAGGUUUGUGACUUUACGGAGUAUACAACUGGACGAACACACUCUUUAGUUGCUCAUUCAUCGCUUGGUCCCAGUCCCGCCGCCCUUCAGGUUCGUCUGUUCCCCUGCCUCUCAUUCCCACUAACCCUGAUGAUCUGUGCACAUCCUGCACAAACUGUUCAGCUCUCAUUCUAACAAACUGUUCACUGACGAUUACAACGCCUCGGCCUCAGCAUCCCCGUGUGUGGCGGCCGACCGGCCCCGAGGCGGGCACAAGUAUACAAACCAACCCUCGUUGUGAUUUCCACCUGCGGAGCAGCUUACCUGGUUGUGCAGCAUGAAGAUUGCGGUAGAAGGCUGUUGCCAUGGCGAGCUGGACAAGAUCUACGAGACCAUCGCCUAUCUGGAGAAGAAGGAAGCGGUGAAAGUGGAGCUGCUGCUUUGCUGCGGAGACUUCCAAGCAGUGCGGAAUGAAGGAGACUUGAAGUGCAUGGCCGUACCAGUCAAGUACAGAACGAUGCAGACCUUUUACAAAUACUAUUCUGGAGAGAAAAAGGCUCCUGUCCUGACCAUCUUCAUCGGAGGGAACCAUGAGGCGUCCAACUACAUGCAGGAGCUGCCUUAUGGCGGCUGGGUGGCACCCAACAUUUAUUAUCUGGGUUACGCUGGUGUUAUUCGCUACAAAGGGAUUAGAAUUGGUGGUUUAUCUGGAAUCUUCAAAUCCCGUGACUUCAGAAGGGGCCACCAUGAAUUCCCUCCAUACAACCCUGACACACUCCGCAGUGUGUACCACAUCCGAAAUAUCGAGGUGUUCAAACUGAAACAGAUCCAGAAGCCAAUGGACAUCUUCAUGAGCCACGACUGGCCUCGUGGAAUCUACUACUACGGGAGCACGGGGGAGUUGUUGCGAAAGAAGAAGUUUCUGCGUCAGGAAGUGGAGUCCAACACUCUGGGAAGUCCAGCUGCUGAGGAGCUGCUGGCUCACCUCCAGCCCAGCUACUGGUUCUCUGCACAUCUUCAUGUGAAGUUUGCUGCCGUGAUGCAGCACGCGCCCAAAGCUAAUGCUGCACCACGUGUCACCAAAUUCCUUUCCCUGGACAAAUGUCUUCCCUACAGGGAAUUCUUACAGAUUGUGGAUUUUCCAGACAGACCGGGUUCAUCUGAGGGUCUUGAGUAUGAUCCAGAGUGGCUCGCUAUUCUGAAGUCCACCAACCAUCUGCAGAGGACCACCCCUCACCCCUGGAACCCCCCGGAGAAUAACGGCCUGCACGACCGGUGGGACUUCAGACCUUCAGAGGCGGCCAUGAUGCAGGUGAUGGAGGAUCUCAGCGGUGAACUUGCCAUUCCAGACAACUUUAGCCAGACUGUGCCGCCCUAUGACCCCAACAAGCCCCAGCCCCAUGCCCCUCCCAGCUGUACCACCAACCCUCAGACGACCGAGCUCUGCGCCACGUUCGGCCUCACAGACCUCUACGCCCACGUUUGCCAGGGAGGUGGCGACUUGGGGAGACUUCAGGGCAGUACCGGCGGGGAGGACGACGACGAUGAAGAUGCGCAUAGUGUAGGAAGUGCGGAAGAGCCCAGCGAGUACCCGACCGACACUUCGGGAUUCUCCAGUUCAAUAAAUCCCGAUGAGAUCACAAUAGAGGAUGAGUGGGAGGAAGAGGAGGGCGAGGAGGAAGGCGGGGCCAAGUCAGCGGCAGUGAAGGGAGAUCAGCUCUCUGCAGCUGAAGGCCACACGCCCGGCCGCAUGGUUCUGCCCGCGCCCAAAUCUGAUGCGCCCAAUCCAUCCCACAUGAUGAACCUGCCUCCUCCCGCCCACUCGACCCCGGCAGCGCUGCCUCACGCCACGCGAGAAAGGGAAGAAGACUGUGAGGGCGAGGACGAAGACGCCUCGGCUGUGCGUAUCCUAAAACGUACCAGCGACGAGUCCGAGGCUCCCGGCAGUAAAAGUACAACGCCCAAAAUCAAACGCAGAAACCAGGUCAUCUAUACAACAGUGGAGGACGACGAGGGUGAGGAUUAGAGGUCAGGGUGCGAUGAAGGAGACGUGAGGACUCGUUCGUCACUGCACAAUUCUCCAUUAUUACUUUUAUUGAUUUGGAAAACUUAGUUUUAAUUUGUACUUCCUGUUCGCCUUUUUAUACGGCCUCUGACGCAACGCAGCAGAGGCGUGGCUUUAUUCAAAUGCACUAAACGCAGAUUGUACGAGACGGGCGGGUCAGUUCUGGAUUUAGUUUCCUCUUUAUUCAAAUCGGACUUUUAUAUAUUUUAACCAAAAGGACGUUUUAGGAAAAAGAUUUUUUUGAUAAUUGUUUUUUUACUUGUAAUUUGAAGACGACAGAAAUGAGUAAAGAUGCUGGACGAGUAAAAUAUCCUUUUGUCUUUUUAAAUGAAUUAACUACUUUGUAUACUAUUGUACAGCCCACUUGGCACCGGUGAUUUUAAAACCGGUAAAUACACGAAAUAAAGCAAUUUCCCGUUUAAAAA